AUGCACUAUCAGGACCCAGUGAUUUUUGACCAAUUUUGUUAUCAGCCUGUACUGAAUACUAACAGUCAGUCAACCACUACUUCAUUGGAGAAGUACACCGCUCCGACGUUUUUGCUACCCGCGAUUACUCCUUUGCGCCUGCUUUCGACCAUAAUUAAUGAGAUUGGAAGUAGUAAUAGGAAGGUUUGUGAGGCUUCUCCUGUUUUUGUUGAACUGCAGCAAAACAUAAUAAAAAUGCACACCUCAGUAGCAAUCGAAGCCCAUUCUUUCGUCCCGAACGAAACGUCUUUUCAGGUCACUGGAAGCAUACAGAAAGUAUUGAGCGCAAGAACUCCCGGGUUGUCGAGUGUAUCAAGCCCUCGAACGAUUCUGGUUAAAAAAGACAACGUAAUUGACGGAGACGGUCAGCAGUACAACGUUGUGAGGCACUAUCAAACUUUUGUUUGUAUUGACCGAAUGGUUAAAACGUUAAAGGCAGUACACAUUAUGCUACAUGGUGCCUCACCAACCACUUGGUCACAUCCAUCUGGAUUUCCUCGUGCCAGACUAUUCCAGGAGAAUUUUGGAAUGAAGAAAGCACAAGAGGUUCGCUCGGACCGCGUCGCAUUCUCUACCCGUAUCAAGCAACGUUUACGAAAACCGGUUGGAUUCAUGCACACGCAGGUAUACUGUCCAAGUUACGAAAGUGCGGAGAAGGGCCGAUGUGGUGCUUUCGCAUUACAUGGAACCUCUCUUAACGAAAAGCCGCGCUGCCGCUGGUUAGAACAACGCGAGGCUCAAGUCGCGCUCGUUAAUUUGAGAAACCUGUGGUGUCAAGCGACAUCCCUGAAUAUCAAGGGGCGUAUGUAUCAGGACAUGGUUAGGCCAUGUAUUGCACAUGCCGUCAUCGUUUGCCGAAGACUACUAUUUUCCAUGCCGAACUCAGUGUGGCGGAAGCAGAAAGAUGGCCAGUCCUGGCGGAAAG